UAUAAAUAGCUGUUUAACAAUGACACUCCCUCUCGGCUUUCCACUUAUUCAAGUGCAUCUACUCUGGGGAUCAGGUUUAAUAGAGAUCAACCACAACUUAUUCCUGCUUCGAAGAUGGCAAAUUACCGUUACGUUCCUCCGGACGAGUUUACUCCAGAGUCUCGGAUGAACUGGAUUCAUUUGGGCAGAGUAACGAAGUGGAUUCAAGAAGAAGAAGGAGUGGUAGAUAAAUUCACCCUCUUCCUUGAAGGCGAUCUUAAAGUUUACAUUUAUUUCCUUUCCCACGCCAUGUUUCGAGUGCGGUUCAACCCUGACCCCAAAGCUCCGUAUGUGAAGACUCGCUCUCCAGCCACUGAGGUGGAAAGGAUCGAGGCCUCCGACAUCAAAGUCAAGGAACAAGGUGGAUAUCUAAAGAUUGGCACCGACAAGAUCGAGAUCCAUGUCAAUUUGAAGAAAUACGCCCUGUCCGUGUACCGCGGUGGCCAGUUAAUUCACGGCGAUCCGAGUGACUACAACCUAGUCUAUGUGAAGCGUGAUGACGGUGGUGAGGCUACCGCUCAAUUCAAGAUAGCGCCGACCAAUGCUCAGUAUUUCGGAUUUGGAGAGAAGGCAGGUGCAACGCUUGAUAAGCGACGUGUUCCCAAACAGCAUUUCUAUGGCCAAUACGCAGGGGAAAACGAGAAGAUCGGAGCUGCCAUGACAUUUUUCAACUAUGACAACUUCGGCUACACUGCACCAGAUCUAACACCCGAUGGUGAGGUACAGGGGCCAUUAAAUCCUAAUUCUCCCUUAUAUCAGUCUUCACCGUUCUUCAUUGAGCACAAUCCAGAACCCAUCGGAGCAUUCGCCGGUCCUUCGUACGCCAACGGAAUCCUGAUCGAUAAUACUUCGCAGACAUUCGUGAAUUUUCGCCAGGGAGAUCAGUACUACUUCGGAGCAUUGCACGGGGAGCUUGAUUACUACUUCUUUGCUGGUAAGCACGUGGCUGAAGUACUGGACGAGUUCACCCAGCUGACCGGGCGCACUCAGCCGAAGCCAAAGUACGUAUUUGGCUACCACCAAGGAGGGUAUGGCCCCAACUACAACACCAAGUGGAAGCUACUGGAAGUGGCGCUCAAGUACCGUCAGUGGAAGAUUCCAAUUGACGGGCUCCAUGUGGAUGUGGAUUUGCAGGACAACUACCGCACUUUCACGCACAGCAAAAAGAAGUUUCCUGAUCCUAAAGAGAUGUUUGAUGCCUUGCACGAUUGGGGGUACAAAUGCAGCACAAACAUCACACCCAUCGUGAGCUGCAACACAGAUGAAAAUGGCGAGUACAGUCCGUACAAAGCCCUGGACACUGGAAAAGCCGGCGGCAUCUUUGUGAUGAACACAAGGGAAGAUGGCAGUGGCACCCAUGAUGAAUACAUCGGUAACGUGAACUAUGGGCGCGGUCAUCUGACCUGGGGACACUACCCUGAUCUGGGACGGCUGGAUGCACAGAAAUGGUGGGGCGAGCAGUACCGUGAUCUGUUAGACUGGGGAUUGGACUUCGUGUGGCAAGACAUGACCACUCCAGCAAUGAAAGCGAGUGUUCAUCAGCCUGACUGUUCCCUGCUGUCAUUUCCUAUGGAUAUAAUGAUCAGUGACAACGAGGAAACCAGGUACUCCAAAGUAAGCACCCAUCAUGACAAGAAACCAUUCGCCAAAAUCCGUUGUCUGUACAACUACAAUCUCUGCAAAGCCACUUACCAAGGACUGCAGCGUCUCCGACCAACCAAACGCCACUUCAUCAUCGCUCGUGGUGGCUUUGUCGGCGUCCAUCGCUAUGCUGGUCUGUGGACUGGGGAUAGUACAUCAAACUGGGAAUUCAUACAGAUGAACAUUCCAUUGGUGCUUGGCAUCGGCCUAUCUGCGCAGCCGGUCUCCGGCUGUGACAUUGGGGGCUUCUGUGCAGCAUGGCAAGGCCAGAUUGUGGAUUCCGAGAUGCUGACGCGCUGGACCAUAAUGGGAGCGUUUCUUCCUUGGUUUCGAAACCACUAUGAUAACUAUUACAAGCCAUACCAAGAGCCGUACUGCUAUGAAGAACCAGUCCCCACAAUCUGCCGAAAGUACAUUGAGUUGAGGUACAAACUUAUUCAGUACAUCUACGAUGCUAUGUAUGAGAACACGAAGACAGGUAAACCCAUCUGCCGGCCCCUGUUCAUGGAUGAGUACAAACCGGGAGAAUUCUAUAACGAUGCACGCGCAGAUGACCCGCAUGGGUGGGGAUAUAACGGUUACACGGCCAACCGAUUGGAUGAUCAGUUCUUCUUGGGUAAAGAUAUGAUGGUGGCACCCAUUGUCAAUCCAGGUCAAACGAGCCGUGCUGUCUACCUCCCCGCUGGGGGUCAGUGGUACCGUUUUACAGAUGACAAGUAUCCACUGGAGGAUACUGUCAAUGGUGGGGUGGAGUUCGAUUUCUACGCCCUUUGGGACGACCCUGCUAGAGAUAACUGUGCCAUUUACAUCCGAGAAGGCGCCAUUAUACCCAAGCGUGAGGUUGAGCAGUACAUUGGUGAGCUGUACCGUCACGGCAAGGUGAAUCCCAUCACGUUUAGUAUCUAUCCUGGCCGAGACAGCAGCUACAAGUUGUAUCUGGACGAUGACGGUGUGAGUAACAAGGCAGAGACCGCUGGCGAGUAUAGACUGACUGAAAUCAGUCAUCAAGGAAUUGCAGGAGGUCAGCGGAUUCGUAUCAAGCGUCUGCACGAUAAAUUCAAACCACGUGAGACGUACUACUACCUUGGAAUGCCGGGAACGAUUUGUCCGACCUCCGUCAAGGCUGCUGGGAAAACCUUGCCAAAGAAAACCGGAAACACGGACGAAGAGGCUGCGAAAGCCUUGGUGGACUCCACAGACACACCAGGAUCCUUUACUAUAAUAAUUCAUUGAAUACAACGUACAUAAAGAUCUUCGACACGAUGAACGACAUCACAGAAGACGUAGUAUUCUGAAAUGUUUGGAGAACGGACUGACAUUUUCCCGGCUAUCGCUCUGUCCUCGCUCGAACUGAACAGAAGAUAUGUUAGUUCGCAGACUGAGCGUGUUCAAUGAAAGUAAAUUGUAUUUCGUCAGUGGCUAUUCAAAA